AUGAACAUGGUGACUAUGCUCGCCCGUUCUCGUGGUGCCAGUGCGUCACCUGCCCCUCUACGUCUGUGGCUCUCAGCGCAAUCGCCGCGCAGCUGCCGGUUUCCGUGUGGGUUCAUUUUCGAAUUGCCAUCCGCCGUAACGAUGCACGGGUCGUACUUCACGGCGGGACUCCACGGCCUCCACGACGAAGCGACACCGUCCGAGAUCCUGGCCGCAUUCAAGUCACUCAAGCGCCGUCGAUGGGCCAUCGAAGUCAAGCGCAUGCAAGUGGCGCUCAGUCUCAACAUGACCCACGACUUCGAGCGAAAACGAAAGGCGGGCAUGGCCGACGACAUGGUGUAUCCAUCGCGUUGCGACGCUGACCCGCCCCAACGACACCCUUGA